ACUGAAAAUCUAACCCUAACCCUAACCCUAACUUAUUACAGGAAGAGUUUGUUUCUUAUAUUACAAGUUAACAAACUCUUUAACUUCAUAUACAAAAUAAGAACGAACUCAUCAGAUUGGCAUUUUUUUGGAUUAUUAGCUACAAUAUCAAGGGUUAAUUCUGCUAUUUGUUAUAUGUUUUAAUUUUCAAGGUAAUAAGUAAUACACAGGGCUAGGGUUUUUUGAUAUAUAUAUAUAUAUAUACACACAAAGAGAGACUAGCUUGCUCAUAAGAAUGUCUAUUCUUUGCCGUUCCCUUACCCUUACAUCCUCUGGAUAUGAAAGGCUACCUCAAGAUCACUUCAGGCUUUCUGUUCUCAAAUUGAAUGGUUCUCAUUUUGAGGUGGAAGUUUCAAUGAUGGCCAGCGUUGGGGAACUUAAGCAGUCAGUGGAGGAUGUUUUUAGUUAUUCACCAGAGGAUGAUAAUAUUGAUCUCAAUAUCUCAUGGUCGCAUGUAUGGAGCCAAUUUUGCUUAUGUUAUGGAGGUAAAAAGCUAGACGAUGACAAGACAAAUCUUCGAUCUUUCGGCAUCAAGGAUGGUGAUCAGCUUUAUUUCAUCAGGGAUGUAGCAAUCAAAAACAGUACUCCGGCCAACCGACAAGAAGAGGAACGAUAUGAUGGUUGUGAAAGUUACAGUACUCCAUGAUUCCAAAUGAAUGAUAAUGGAAGUUAGAAAUUUGGAUCAUCAUCUUCAUGAUCUGCUGAGGUUAAAGAUGAUACAUGUUUUCGGAGACAAGAGAGUGAAGUGCCUGAAUUAGUGCCAAUGCUACAAAAAUACAAGGAAGCAAUCCAUUUAGAGCAGCAGGAAUGAACCUUUUGGAAAAUUCCUGAAAGGGUGACUACGGUAAGCUCAGAAUCCAUGUUGUUGUCAGCUAUAUAUCUUGUGGGGAUUUGAUCCAAUUAUAUAUUAAGAAAAAACGAAAGAUUCUGUUUUUUCGUGAAUCAAAUUUGCCUGAACGUGAAAUUUGAUUUAUCAAUGUGAAGUUAAAUUUAUGCUACUCCAUUUUUAGUUGGAGUAGGAGCAGAACAUGACAGGACAAUACAGGACACAACACAUGAUUAAUUAAUGAAAAUAAUAGAUGAUCUGCAAUGAUUUAAUAGUGACUGUUACAUUGAAUGCUGUAAGACAGUUAACAAAAUCAAAGUAAUCUUCCAACUAUCUCAAGCCAUAAUCAUAUAAUACCGUGAUAGUGCUUCUAGAUAUAAAAUAUGCUCUGUGCAGUGGAAUUCUACACAAGUUUGGGGCCCGGACCUUAUCACAGCACCAACACAAGUUGCAACAAACCAAGGGUCCGAUCCUUAUCACAGAUCCUUAUCA